GUUUUGUUGUGAUAGUGUAGAUUUGUUUAUCGCCUUGAGUGUUUGUGUCUUAAAUUUCUCUUUGCUAAGCUAAAUAUAAAGAUAUAUAUUCUGUUUUAAAAACAUGGAAACUACAAGCAUGACGGAAGACAUAUCUGUUCCAGUCCAGGAAUCACCUGAUUAUCAGAUGCCUAUGACUUGUAUAUAUGAAAGUUCUCACAGAGCAAGAGAAAAAAAUGCACAAUUUAUUCAUGAAUGUGAUAUAUGUACAAAAUAUUUUGAAAGGUGGAGUGAGCAAGAUCAAAUAGAGUUUGUAGAACUGAUGCUUUCUAAAAUGUCACAUUGCCAACACAGUCAUGUUAGCACAUUUUUAAGGCCCAUGUUGCAGAGGGAUUUCAUAUCACUUCUUCCAAAAAAUGGUCUUGAUCAUGUUGCUGAAAACAUUUUAUCUUAUUUGGAUGCUAAGUCAUUGUGUGCUGCAGAAAUUGUGUGUAAAGAAUGGUAUAGAGUGGUUUCAGAAGGAAUGUUAUGGAAGAAGCUGAUUGAACGCCAAGUACGAACAGAUUCCUUAUGGAAGGGGUUAGCUGAAAGAAGAGGCUGGAUAAAAUAUCUCUUCAAACCUGCUCCUAGUGAACAAAAUCCUGACCACACGUUCUACAGGCGUUUAUUUCCUAAAAUAAUUCAAGACAUUGAAAGUAUAGAAACGAAUUGGAGAUGUGGUCGUCAUAACCUGCAAAGAAUAAAUUGUCGCAGUGAAAAUAGUAAAGGUGUAUACUGCUUACAGUAUGACGAUCAGAAAAUUGUCAGUGGUCUUCGAGAUAACACAAUUAAAAUUUGGGACCGUAAUACAUUACAAUGUGUUCAAGCCUUGACUGGUCACACUGGCUCAGUUCUCUGCCUUCAGUAUGAUGAAAGGGUUAUUAUAAGUGGAUCAAGUGAUUCAACUGUUAGGGUAUGGGAUGUGAGUACUGGACAAAUUUUGAACACGUUGAUUCAUCAUUGUGAAGCUGUACUCCACCUCAGGUUCAAUAAUGGUUUAAUGGUUACUUGUUCUAAGGAUAGAUCUAUAGCUGUUUGGGACAUGAUUUCAGCUUCAGAUAUAAAUUUACGUCGAGUACUAGUUGGACACCGUGCAGCAGUUAAUGUUGUGGACUUUGAUGAAAAAUACAUUGUAUCGGCCUCUGGUGAUAGAACAAUAAAAGUGUGGAAUACAUCAUCAUGUGAAUUUGUUCGAACUUUAAAUGGUCAUAAACGUGGUAUAGCAUGUUUGCAAUACAGAGAUCGACUUGUUGUGAGUGGCAGUUCAGAUAAUACUAUCAGGUUAUGGGAUAUAGAAUGUGGUGCAUGCCUUCGAACACUUGAAGGACAUGAAGAAUUAGUGAGAUGCAUAAGAUUUGACAACAAACGUAUUGUUAGUGGUGCAUAUGAUGGAAAAAUCAAAGUGUGGGAUUUGGCUGCUGCAUUAGAUCCUAGAGCUCCUGCUGGAACUUUAUGUCUGCGUACUUUGGUGGAACAUUCAGGUCGUGUAUUUAGACUACAGUUUGAUGAAUUCCAAAUUGUCAGCAGUUCUCAUGAUGACACCAUACUCAUAUGGGAUUUUUUAAAUUUCACUGCCUCCGAAACACCUGGAGUUAGUGCGAGAUCUCCAUCUCGUACAUAUACUUAUGUCUCAAAAUGAUUAAAUUUAGGAAAAUUAAUUUAUAUUUUAAAGACAAAAUAUCUAAAGUAAGAAAUUAUGACUAUUUGCUGUCUGCAAUAUUUUGCCAUGGACAGUGUUACAGAGAAAGCCUUUAUACUUUUUUACACUAGACCAUUGUGUUCAGGGCUCAUAUACAUUAGCAAAUUAAACAUCAUCAGUCAUCAUUGUGAUUUUGUCAUCCUGUGACAGUGUCCAUAUUCAUCUCGUUGACUGUUGAAAUUUGUAUAUAUAUGUCAAUCAUCUGUGAAGAUGGGUUAUGUUUGUUAAGAUACAUCCAGGUGUAGAAUAUGGAAUGCAUUGUUAAAAAUUUUACAUUUAGCACAUUAACCCUAACAUUUAGUAUCAGUAUAGUUCAGUUUUCAAAAAUGAUAUGGACCAAAAUGUACUGUAUAAAUACCAUAUGUGAAACUUUUUAACAUAGUUACACUGAAUUUGAUAUUUUCUGUAUGGUGCUCUAAUUACUUUUAAUUUUGAAAUGUCUCAAUUUGCUAAUAAAUUUAUAUCUUUAUUCAAAACUCUGUUUCUUAUGGAUACUUUGAUAAAAAUGAGUUAAAAGCCCUUUAUUUUUUAUUUAAAUUAUUGUGAUCUCUAUUUCUUAGCUAUAUUUUUAAUCUAUCAUGUAAAUUUUGUAUGUUUGUUGAAUUAUUGAAGUAUUGGAUGGGGUAAGUUUCAUAUGUACUUCUUAUUCUAAAAUGAAUUUUUUUUUCCAUAUAUGUAAAGGAGUGUUGGUAAUUUUAACAGUUUGCACAAUGCUACCUUGAUUGUCCGAAUUGAAUAACUGUAAUGCAGAUUAUGUAUUUGAAUUGUAUGAGCAGAAUUGGAAAAGGUCUGUAUCAAACAAAAUGUUAGGGCAUGAAUGCAUUAUUCUGUAAUAUUAUAAACUUGAAAAUUGGCAUGAAUAUGUUAGUAUUUUUAACAGUGAUUUCAAGAAAACAGUAAAAAAAAUUAUUCAAUAAAAUAAUGAGUUCAUAACUGUUCUGUGCAUGCACUGUAUUAGAAGAAAGCAUUGUGUAUUUAUGUGUAAAAGCAUUAACUAUUACUUUUAAAAAUGAGUUAAACAUCCUUAUAUCAAAGAAUUACCUAUUCUGUUCUUCUAUAAUAUUGCUUGUAUGAUUUUGAAAUUUUAAGGAUUUCAGUGUUUUAUAUCAUUGAUUUAAACAUUAUAAAUGUAAAGUUAUUUUGCAACUUGCAAUCACAUGCAGAGAGGGAUAUGUUUAGGUUGCAAGUUGUUAGAACUGUUGCCAUUAUUAUAAAAAUGAUUAACUUUAUGAAUUGAAUUUUUAGGAAAUUUUGUUUAUUAUUAUUAUUUUCUUUGUGACAAGCUUCCUUGGUGUCAUGAUCUGUGAUUCUGAUAAUCAAGUUUCUGUGUUCCUGUAAAGAUCUUUCGACUGAGAAAUCUGUGCUUUAUAAUAUUUCUGUUAGUUAAUUUAUGAAGUAAAAUAUAGCAGAGUUUCUCUAGUAGACUAGCAGUUUUUGAGAAAUUUUAAAAUUGUACAAUAGUUAAUAAGUUACUGUUACAGUAAUAGCCAUACAAUCGUUUAUAAGUUAAUUCCAGAUCAUUAUAAAAUAUUAAGUGUAUGCAGAUAAAUAUAGGUACAAUGAAAUGUCACAAUAAAGUGCAAUAUAUCCUUGCUGUUCUGUGCACUGUAAAUCUGCAUGUUGGUAAUGUGUAGGCAAAAAAUUUGGGGUGUUUAAGUAUGAUUUAAUGAGGAAAAUGAGUUUGUUUAUUGUCUUAGUUAGAAAUUCGAGAUGGCUUAUGAAGCUUGGUCAUGUUUACUCUAAACUCGGAUCAUUUCAUAUUGAGAUAUUAAAAAUGUGAAAGUAAGACUUCUUAUAAGGUAUAGAAUAUUUUCUGAUUUUGAUGAAUAUGCUUGAGUAGAAUAGCUCAUAAAGCAGUUUGAGUGAAAUGUUGCAGCAAAACAUCUAGCUAUAGAUUGAUAAAGGUGAGAAACUUCAAAUUUUUGCAUCGGGCAAAAAAUAUUUCUGGAAAUUUUUUUGUAAGGAUUGUACUAUAGUAAAUGAGUGAUAGGUUAUACAGUGAAAUAAAUGAAUUAUCAAACUGUACAUGAAUGUGUCAGAUUUCAUUUAAAGAGUUACAAUAUAAAGGAUGGGUUUUAAAUUUCAACACUUAUUAAAGUAGCAUAUAAAAUCAAUAAAAUGACAUUAUAAUAGUGUGGUUUGCAUCUGAAGACCAGAGGCAUAUUUUGUUGGGAUAAGGUGCAUUUUAUUUAAAAUGCAAUCAAUACCACCUCCACGUGUUAAUAUCACAUGAGCACAUUUAAAGCCUUUAAAAGAUGUGGAUUUUAGAACUUUUGAAAGAGUGCUCAGUUAUCAAUAAUAUUUAUAAUAUGCUCACAAAUACAGAAGAAUAAAUUAAUAUCCCUGUUUUGUUUUUUAUUGUUAUAUUAACAGCACUUUCUGUGAUGAAAUUUUGUACUAAAACUUAUUCUUAUGUCAGAAUGUAUGUUUCUGAGAAUAUUCUUUUAUAUUCAAGCAUGCGGAUAUUUCAGUUGUUUUAUGUGAUUUUUUUUUAAUGUGUAAAUGAUUUAUUAAGCAUUCUGUGCACUUUUCAGUUAUAUGAUGAGCUUGUCCAUUUAAGAUUAGCAGGCUUCAUUUUGUUAUAAAAAAUGAAUGAAAUGUGUUAGAUAUAAGUUAUGAGUAGGCAGAUUUUAAUUAACUAUAUUACUAAUUAAAUGUUGCCGUUUUUAGGGGGUCAUAUGUAAGCUGCAAGUUUAUCUUUGUUGCAGUUCAACUAAAAACAAAUUUCUUAACUGAACUAAAGAUUGCUAGAAAUUGGGGAGUGUGUAAAAUUAUGAUAGUGUUGAAAUUGAAUCAAAAUUUGUAUGGACAAAAUGUGGCAAUUCCAUCCAUGCCACAAUAUAUGUUUGAAAAAACAAGUAUAGUGUCUUAAAUAUUUUAUCAUUCAUAACAGUGUUCAUUUUUGGUAGUUUUAAAUUUUUUCCAUAAUGCUAUUUGAGUUAGAAUUUUGCUGUUAUCUUUUCAUUUGAUCUGAAUGUUUUGUAAAUAAUAUAUAAGUAUUUAAUUAUAUGAAACAUACUAUUCACCAUUAAAUUUUGUAUUUAGAUAUAUUACUAUACAAAUUUGCUUGAAGAACUAUGAAUCCUAGCAUUCACAAAUAUUAUUUUGUAAAGAAUCCAAAAUAUCUAGUAACUCUGUAUCAAUUUAAAUGGUACUCAUAGGUAUAAGGAUUUACUAAUUUGCCUGGAUAAAAGCAGUCAUAUCUUUUUUUCCAAUGAAAUAUUAUUGCCAUAAAUUAGUGGGAGAAUUUAGCUGAGAAAGAGUUUAAAAAAUUAAUUUGCCACAGUAAAUUGAUCUUAUUUAAAAAUUCAUAUAUAUAUAUAUAAUUUCUGCUGUGUAAUUGAUAAAAUAUUAAAGUUUAAUUAUUUUACUAGUUCUUGUAGACUUUUAUUCACCAAUAUGUAUAAAUAUAAGUAUGUGUUAGUGAAUUCUAGGAUUUGCUAUUCUUUGAAGUUUGAUAAUAUCAUAUAUGUUUAAAAAAAGUUUUUAAAUUCUAGUGAAAGUGACAUUUGCAGUGGUUCAGAAUAGAAUGCAAACAAUAAAAUCACAGUUUAAUUAGCCUCAGUAUGAGGAUAAAAGGCCUUGCCUUGAUAAACCGAGCCAGAUGAUGGAAUGGCUAUUCCCACCCCCUUAAUCUCAGUUAUUGCAUAUUGUAUAUGACAUUAUUUCCUAGUUUAGAUUAGCAAGGUUUACUAUAUCAGUAUAAUUAUUUUAACUAUUUGCAGAAAACUAUUAUACCAGAAAUAUUAUGGGAUAUUUGUAAAUGGUAAUAAGGAAAUCCAGCAUUAGAAAAAUUUAAUUUUUAUUCUAUCAAAAGGACUUAUUUUCAUUUACAGCAUACUAAAAUAUUUCGUGAAAAUAAAGAGCUUAAAGCUUUAAAUAUUAAUUCCAGUUCAUAUCAACUGUGUUAUUUGUCAGUCUAUUGGCAAAUAGUAUUUAUGCACAAUAAUUUUUGUAAUAUGUUAAUCAGGAUUUUAUCAUCUAAAUCUUGCAUUGAACUCCAUUAAAAUAUGAAUUUGCAUUUAUUCAGUAAAACAAAGAACUAUUGUAAGUAUUUAAGUAAAACAAAGAACUAUUGUACCCUUCUAGUACAUGUAAGAUAGGCAACAGCAGUCUUCUUCCACAUUUUCUUCAAGUAAAUACGGAGGAAAAGUUUUCUCUGAGGAAUCCAUUUCUCUUGCCUUUUAUUGAGCACUAAGGGGAUAUUAAGCUCAGUAAGUAUUAUAAUAUGUCAUUUUGAUGUAAAAUCAUACUGUACUCUUUCGAAUUCGUCUAUGUUAAAUCAUGUUCACUUUGAAGCAUUCAUGACCAAAAUCACAAGCCAUUUAUGCAAGCUCAUUGUUUCAUAUUAUUGCCGAUUCACUAAUGGUGCAGGCAUAUCUUGUCCACUGUCAACAUUGUGUGAGAAUCAAUAUACUGAUCAGUUAAAAUUAUGAGACAUGAUCUCUUUAAGAAAUAGUUAGGGAGAAAUUUUGAUAUCAUUUAACCAUUUAUUCAGUGGAUAUUGUACUUUUGGACAUCAUUUAAUAAUAAUGUGUUUUGUAACUAACAUUUUGAUCUUAUUAGAAGUAACAAAAUGUUGAGACUCUUUUUUUUUUUUUUUUUUUUUUUUUUUUUUUUUUAAUUCGUUCUUAUAACUUAAUCUACUAUAUUGGGCCUCAGGUAUUUUUUUAAUAGUAUAAAUAGCUAAUAUUGGUAUAGUAAAAUGCUUCCUUUUAUUCCCUUAUUAGGUUUUAUUUUAGAUUGUGCUAAAUAGCCUUAUUUUACGCAUACCAUGCUUCAUUAUCUGAAAACUGUGGUUGCAACCCAAAAGGCAGUUGAUCUAUACUUCUCUGAGUUGCAAAUAGUUAAACAGAUUGACUGGCUGCAACAUUUACAGCCAGUGUUUUUGUCAUUGGAAAUAAAAGUGAUAAGCAUGGGGAAAUCAUGAAGGUUCAUUCUUUUCUUUUUGUUUGAUGACAGGCCUUUUUCUUUUUUUCUCAAAUCUUUAAAAAUAAAUUUUAUUAUCACCUCCUUAUUUUUGGUGUGUGUGUAAAAUAAAGAGCUUUUGUACAGAAAAAUCUUCCUAUUAAGAUAAAUGCAACACUGUCACUAUCAGUUGCUGCUUAAAAUUGGAACUGUAUUUCAUUUUAAUUUAAAAUUAAGAGAAAAGCAAAGUUAUGUUUAUUGCUUUUGUUAUAAAAUAUACAAAAGUGUCACACACCCUAGAGGAAAAAAAUUAAAAUAUAUGUAUGUAUGCACAAAACUUCUAAAUUCAAAUUUUAAAAUUUUUUGUGUAUGCUUCUUUUGCCACCUGCCUUUCCUUUGUCUGUUUUGCUCAAACCUUAUUGUUUUGUUUAUAAUUUCCAUAUGUAACUUAUUCUUUAACUGUGCAUACUGCAUUUAUAAUGAUGAAAAUUCUCUUAAAAUUUUAGACAAAUGGAAAGGGAGUUUGCUUAAAUGCACAAAAAAUUUACAAAAAGAAUAUUUUUGUCUUAUUUUACCACUCUCUGUAGAUCAAACUGUCUUCUUUUUUUUUUUUAAGUAUACUACAGAAGUAAGAAAAAACAACUGAAUAUUAGCAUACUUGUUUGAGAUGUAAAAUGAAAAGGAAAAUGAUUUUGAGGAAGAAAAUGUUUCUCCAUCUUUUAACAUUUUCAUGCUUCUGUUUUUAUAAUAGUCUUUUGUAUUUUCAUAUGGUUAUAUUCUAACUUAUAAGCUUGAAAUUGUUAUGACUGUUAGAAGGAACAUAGUGUAAUGUAAUGAAACUCUUGCUAGAUGUGAGAUCUUGUGUACGUGACAUAAGUCUUCAUCUUUUUGCUCAUGAAAAUAGUGCUUUUUUCUACAUACUUUACACAUUUUGUGCCUUGUGCUGAGCUGAUCGUUAGUACAAGCUUUUUGUUGAAGCCAUUUGAAAAUUUUAUAAGACUAAUUAGUGAAAUACCAUAUUGGCCUUAAUACGAAACAACCUCAUGCAAAUGGUGAUCUUGCAUUUUCCUUUUAUGAGGAUAUUUAAGAUUUUUGUUCAUUGACUACUGUUAGUCAAAUACCAUAUUGGCCCAAAAUGUAAGAUAAGUCUUGUGUAAGUGACAAUUCUGCAUUUUAAAGUUGUUUUACUGGGAGAAAAACUUGCAUGGAAAUGUCAUUUCUUAUAUGCGAUCUUAAUUAUAUCUUUUACUUACUGUAUCUUAAAACUAAGUAAAUUUUUUUGUUACAUAAAAUGAACAGUGGUAAAUUUUUCAUAUGUAUGAUUAAGAAUAGAUAAAAAGUACUGACUUUA